AUGGAGGGAAAAAUAGAGACGCUCUGGAACGAAGUCCGGGAGCUCAACCUCGGCACCUCCGGCGACCUAGACCGCCUCGAUUCCCCGCCAACUCCCCUCCAGUUCCUCCGCGACUUCGUCUCCCAAAACAAGCCCUGCAUCAUCUCCAACGCCACCAAUCACUGGCCGGCCCUCACCCGCUGGACCUCCGACUCCUACCUCACCUCCGCCCUCUCCUCCUCCCUCGUCUCCCUCCACCUCACUCCUCACGGCCGCGCCGACUCCCUCGUCCCCUCCCCUUCCUCCUCCCUCUGCUUCGCCUCCGCUCACGUGCAGCGCACGCCCUUCCCGGAAGCGCUCCGCCUCAUCAAAAACGACGCGUCGUUCGUCGCCUACGCGCAGCAGCAGAACAAUUGCUUCCAGUCGGAGUACUCCCCGCUGGCGGCGGACUGCGAUCCGCAUAUCCCGUUCGCCACCGAAGCCCUAGGCUGCCGGCCGGAGGCCGUCAACAUGUGGAUCGGCGAGGAGAGGUCUACGACGUCGUUUCAUAAGGAUCACUACGAGAAUCUAUACGCUGUGGUCACGGGACAGAAGCAUUUCCUCCUGCUCCCUCCUACCGAUGUGCAUCGCAUGUACAUAAGGGAAUACCCGGCCGCGCAGUAUAGGCAUUCUCCGGUCACCGGAGAGUUCGAGCUGGAGAUGGAAAGUCCGGCUAGACCUGUGCCUUGGUCUAGUGUUGAUCCUUACCCUGCUCCUGAGGACAGAGAAGAACAGCUCAAAAAGUUUCCUUUGUUCUUCAAUGGGCCUAGGCCGUUUCGCUGUACGAUUAAUCCAGGAGAGAUGCUGUACCUGCCAAGUAUGUGGUUUCAUCAUGUUAGGCAAAGUCCAGAUAGCAGAGGGAGAACUAUUGCUGUUAAUUACUGGUAUGAUAUGCAGUUUGAUAUCAAGUAUGCUUACUUCAACUUCUUGCAAUCAAUUCAAUGCGCAUCGAUUGAAAGCCAAAUGCUGGCCGAGACAGUGCAGGAGGAUUUUGAUUCUGAUUCACCAGAGAAGACGGAAGAUGAAUGAUGGAAUGAGUACCGGAUCAUUAUUCUGCGCGGAUAGCCACUUGUGGGCUCUUCGAACUGGGAAACCAAAUAAGUCUCAGAAAGAACCAUUGCAGCAUGCUGUGAGGUAGGGAAGUUAGAUGAAUAUUAGUGAAGAUUAAUUGGAAACAAGAUAGAAAGUUUAUUCUUUUUGAUGUUGUGGCCAUAUUAAGGCCCCUUUCAGUUCUUGUA